CGGCCAGGCAGAGGUCGCCGCCAGCGACCGAGCUGCUGCAGUGAAGCGGAAACGCCUCCUUUUUUCAAAACAAAGAGGAGAAGCGGGAGGCGUGCGAGGCGCGCUUGCUGGGACCUCCUUGGAUUGGUCCCUGCGGCCUGGGAGCUUCGGCAAGGUCGGGCGACGAUGGAGGGAAGCCCCAGGAGCCGCUGACGCUCGCGGUCCCACGGCCCCAGGGCGCCUCCGAUCACACGGGCCAUGGAGGAGCUGCAGAAGCGCUUGCAGGAGACCCUGAAGGUGCUGACCCCGCAGGAGCUGAGCAGCUUCCGCAUCAUCCUCAAGACGGUGGACGAGGAGCCGCGCGUGAGUCCGCUGCAGCUGGAGCUGCAGGGCCAGACCGUAUCGGGGCUGGCCUCCCUGCUCGCCAAGCACUACUACCUUCCGGCCGCGCCGCGCGUCCUCACCAAGGUGCUGAAGCGGCUGCACCGCGCCGACCUGCUGCCGCGCUGGCAGAGCGACCCCACAGCCGACAGUCCGGUGAUCCCAAGAAAAAUUCUAAAGAGAAGUUUUGACUGUGUGGAAAGCGAAUUGGACUGUUAUGACCUGAGUGGCAAGCGGAAGGCUUUCCUCAUGUGUGUAAAGAAGGACAGGCCAGGGUCUGACCAGGACAUCCAACGCAUGGGGCACUGGCUUCACCAGUGCCAGUUUGAAAGUACAUUGUGCAUCGAUCCUGACAAAAAGGAAUUGAUGGACAAGCUAACAUCAUUUCGUGAUGGAUUAAAUGAAAUGAAAGAUGAAAUUGGCUGUUGCGUGGUUACUCUUAUGUCCCAUGGAGAAAAAGGCUUUAUUAAAAUGAAAGACGGUGCCAGAGUCAGCCUGGAAGAUGUUUUUGAAAUGUUUAACAAUAAAAAUUGUCCAGGACUUCAUGAGAAACCAAAGAUCUUUAUCAUUCAGGCCUGCAGGGGAGAGAAAAGAGAUAAUGGCAUUGAAACGGAUGAUGAACCCAUGCAGUUGGAUGACAUAUCAGAGAAGAGGCGGCUGCCUACAUUCAGCGACUAUUUCAUCAUCUACCCCACCCAGGCGGACCAUGUUGCUUUACGGCACUCCCGCACUGGCUCUGUGAUGAUCGAAAAAAUGAUUGACGUCUAUAAACAGUAUGGAAAUAAGUGGCACAUCGUUGACUUUUUCACCAAAGUGAAUAACAGAGUGGUGCGCGCUGAAUUUUAUAUACAUGAGGAACCAAUAAAAGUAUCACUUGUAAUGGAAUCAACUCUAACUAGAUUCGUCUACUUUUGAUAUCAGGAAGAUUUAAAAAUAAGGACCACUUUAUAGCAGACUUUUGUUAAGAGCUGUGAGCCUUUGUAGCAUAGUGCUAAUGGUUACCACUUUGUAUUAUUUCUGUCACUAGUUGUAUUUCUCCAAUUUUUAUUUCCCCAACAUAUACAUAUAUGUUGUUUUUCUAAGACUUAACGACUUGUUUGGAACUUAUAAAUAAUUUGACUUUUUUUAAAAGAUUGCUGUUAACUGAAAAUUUUUUUUUCCUAAUCUGUUAUCAAAACCUGCAAGUCCAGCUCUGUAUGUGUACUAUUUAUAUCAUGUGCCUCUCUUGUUAAUUAACCCCCACCCUUUCUACUCUCGAUUUGGUGCUGGUACACAGCCUCAUUUUCUUGGCUUAGUAUUCAAGAACUGUCUUUAUGUGGUCUUGUCCUCUCGUUCACCUUGUUUCCCCCAUAUUGUUGUCUGCAGCCAGACCGAUCUCCUGUUUGACUCCGUGAACCACCCUCAAGUCUUACCGAGGUGUGUUCGCUUGUACUUUGUGUCCUCGAAGCCUUCAUGUUUUCACCCCCACCCAUUCCCCAGCUUCCUCUUUGCUGCCUCAGUACCUUUGAGUUGCUGGUUUCAUUGCAUGGAGCACUCUGUUCCACCCCAUUAGGUAAAUCCUUCUCAUCUCUCAGAGUUGGGUUCAAGAAUCACUUGCACAGGAAAGCUUUCCACAACCCCUCAUGCUAGAUCAGCUCUUUCUCAGUGUUCAGAGACCCUAUACUUUUCUUCUGUAGCAUUUAGCACUACUGUACUGUGUAGUGGCUGUUUAAUCUCUCUCUCCAGUUCAGUUAUAAGCUCCAAGAGGCAUAGGCCAUGUAUGUUUAUUAGUGUAUCCCAGCUUCCACCUGUGCCUUAAGACACAGAGAAGCCCUGUGAUAAAUGUUUCGCCAAUGACUGAUCCCUGCCUUUUCAUUAUUUCAUCCAUUCCUCAGACCUCGCCUCACGACCUCUGUGCAUAUCUAGCCAUUUGCCCACCUACUUGCCUGUCCCAUGGCCACUUGAACGGAACAUGUUGGAAAUUAACCUGUUUCCCCUACAUCUCUACAUAAAACCUAUCCCAUUGUUAAUAAUCCUUUGACUCUCCACUGCCUGCAGAAUGUUCUCGAUUCCCUUAGUAGGGUAUUCCAAGUCCUUCUCUGCCAGGCUUUCACCUAUGGUACCUGUGUACUGUUUAGGUCUUGGCCGUACCGGAUGACUUGGCUUUCCCUCUGGAAUCCCCUCACAGAAUUGGGUUUGCGGAUUAAUGAAUGUUGACUGAACGCUCUUGGAUAUGUUGUUACAUCAUAGUUCAUGCUCUCCUUUCUGCCUGAAGUGCCCUUUGUGCUUGUUCUAUACCCUGAAUUCUUCAAGGUGCAACUUGGGCCCCAUCCCACUAUAAAGAAAACCUGUAUGUAGACCGGUGUUUUUAGAGAAACAAACUGUGGACUGAGCAUGAGUUUUCACUGUAAUUAUAAUUAUGCUCUAACUGUCUGUGUAACUCUGGACUAUAUUUGGACCUCGGUUUCCCCAUCUGUUUAAAAGGAGAUUUGGCUCAGCUGACCCUGAGAGGUCAUCCCUCUGGACCUGUGAACCUUUGACUUCUUAGUGAAUUUGCUCAUGAACAUGCUGCAGAUGUGGCUGUUUCUUCAACCUCGUGGUUCAAGCUAGCAGCUGCGUCAGAUUCCUGGGCCUGUGUGAGGAGGAUACAGGUGUUUGGUGAGAACGCACUGAAGACUGAGGGCCAAAUUGACAAAAGAACCCAGCAUCUCCAGGCCUGUCUCCAUUUCAGGGAUAACUAUGUCUUUUUUAGUUAAUGUGAUUUCUUAUGUAUAUGUGAUUUCAUUCUUAAACCUCCGAGAUCUGAUAUUUCAUAGGUAACUUUUUUUUAUAGAGUAUUAAAAUGUCUCCUUGAUUCAUAAAAUAUCAGGUGAGCCUUCUCCAUUCACUUGCAUCUGUAGGAUUUCCAGGCACAGGGGCUCGUUUCAGGGGAAUGGCAGCAGCUGAAAUAACAGCUCUGAUUUCCCGGGAGAGGUGAAGUGACGUGUUCACAAUCACAGCAUAUAAUGAAGCUGGGAUUCUAGUGCAUGAACUAAUACGAGACACAAAGUGCCAAGUGACAGAGAAAGUUGUAAGACAGAAUGCUUUCUUUCGAUGGACAGAGGGACCGUGCCAUUUAACUAAAGGAAUGAGAGCUUUGAGACAAAGGAGGGAAAAGUGAUUUUGGAACAUUGCUUAGGCCACUACAGAGGACCGUGGGAUACUAGUCAAACAGGUGAAGAGGAACAAGGAGGAAGUCUGGUUCGAUCGGGAGGUGGGAAGAUGCUCAAGAUGAACUUGAUUCAUGUCUGGGGUUAGUUAGGUGCCCCAAUUCUUUCAGCUUCACGUCAGAACCACCCAACACUAUGUGAAGUGUAGUCCAAAAAAAAACUACAGUCCCUAAUACAAUUUAAUAUUUGAAAAAAAAAUUUAAGCUCCGUUUUUUGGUUUUUAAAUACAAACCCCAGAAACCCAAGUUUCCAAAAGGAAGGCUCUGAGAUUUUUGUUCAUCAAAAGUGGGCAUGAAUACAAAAUGGUGGAGAAACUUGUACAGAGGACCAGGAGGCUGCAAGAUGUGGAGGACAGCAGGCUGGGAACUACAGCCAUUCUCUUUGACAAGUGCCUCUUAGGCCAAAGGCUCUCACUGUGGCUUACUAUCAUUACAGUACAUUUUUCAUCUUUGGACUUUCUUCAACUCAUUUCCUCAUCAAGAAUUUUCAUCAUGCAGAUCAGUUCUCAAGGACAAAGGUUUUUUGUUUUUGUUUUCUUUGAUUAUUUUUUAGCUGA